GCCGGGCGCGCUCCGCGCCCCGCUCGCAUUGUUCGGGCGACUCCCGGAGCGCGCACAGCCCGCUCGCAGCGCAGCGCGACUGCGGCCCCCGUCCGGCCCCGCGCCGGCAGCCCAGAUUAAAGAGGCUGAUUGACCAAGAAACCGAAUCCCAGGAGAAGAAGGAGCAAGAAAAGGAGAAGAGGGUCACCGCCCUGAAAGAGGAGUUGACCAAACUGAAGUCUUUUGCUUUGAUGGUGGUGGAUGAACAACAAAGGCUGACGGCACAGCUUGCCCUUCAAAGACAAAAAAUCCAAGACCUAACCACAAGUGCGAGGGAAACACAUGCUAAACUAGCCCUUGCUGAAACCAGAGUUCGGGAAGAAGAGCAGAAGGCAACCAGACUAGAGAAAGAACUGCAAACGCAGACCACAGAGUUUCACCAGAACCAAGAAGAAAUCAUGGCAAAGCUCACCAAUGAGGAUGGCCAAAAUCGCCAGCUUCGACAAAAGCUGGCAGCGCUCAGCCGGCAAAUUGAUGAGUUAGAAGAGACAAACAGGUCUUUACGAAGAGCAGAAGAGGAGCUCCAAGAUAUAAAAGAAAAAAUCAACAAGGGAGAAUAUGGAAACUCUGGUAUCAUGGCUGAAGUGGAGGAGCUCAGGAAACGUGUGCUAGAAAUGGAAGGGAAGGAUGAAGAGCUCAUAAAAAUGGAGGAGCAGUGCAGAGACCUUAAUAACAGGCUUGAAAAGGAAACAUCACAGAGUAAAGACUUUAAACUUGAGGUCGAAAAACUUAAUAAAAGGAUUACAGCUCUGGAAAAAUUAGAAGAUGCUUUCAACAAAAGCAAACAAGAAUGUUACUCUCUGAAAUGCAAUUUAGAAAAAGAAAGGAUGACCACAAAGCAGUUGUCUCAAGAACUAGAAAGUUUAAAAAUAAGGAUCAAAGAGCUAGAAGCCAUUGAAAGUCGGCUGGAAAAGACAGAAUUCACCCUGAAAGAGGACUUAACUAAACUGAAAACAUUAACUGUGAUGCUGGUAGAUGAACGGAAAACCAUGAGUGAAAAAUUAAAGCAAACUGAAGAUAAGUUACAAGCUGCUGCUUCUCAGCUUCAAGUGGAGCAAAAUAAAGUGACAACGGUUACUGAGAAGUUAAUUGAGGAAACUAAAAGGGCACUGAAGUCCAAAACUGAUGUAGAAGAAAAAAUGUAUAGCGUAACCAAGGAGAGAGAUGACCUAAAAAACAAACUGAAAGCAGAAGAAGAGAAAGGAAAUGAUCUUCUGUCCAAAGUUAAUAUGUUGAAAAAUAGGCUUCAAUCAUUGGAAGCAACUGAGAAAGACUUCCUAAAAAACAAAUUGAAUCAAGAUUCUAGUAAGUCUACAACAGCAUUACACCAAGAAAACAAUAAGAUUAAAGAGCUCUCUCAAGAAGUGGAAAGACUGAGACUGAAGUUAAAGGAUAUGAAAGCCAUUGAGGACGACCUCAUGAAAACAGAGGAUGAGUAUGAGACUCUAGAACGAAGGUAUGCUAAUGAACGAGACAAAGCUCAAUUUUUAUCUGAAGAGCUGGAACAAGUUAAAAUGGAACUUGCCAAGUACAAAUUAGCAGAAAAAACAGAGUCCAGCCAUGAACAGUGGCUUUUCAAAAGGCUUCAAGAAGAAGAAGCAAAAUCGGGGCACCUCUCAAGAGAAGUGGAUGCACUAAAAGAGAAAAUUCAUGAAUACAUGGCAACUGAGGACCUGAUAUGUCACCUCCAGGGAGACCAUUCCAUUCUGCAAAAGAAACUCAAUCAACAAGAAAACAGAAACAGAGAUUUAGGAAGAGAGAUCGAAAACCUCACUAAAGAAUUAGAGAGGUAUAGGCACUUCAGUAAGAGCCUCCGGCCUAGCCUCAAUGGAAGAAAAAUCUCUGACCCUCAAGUAUUUUCUAAAGAAGUUCAAACAGAAGCAGCUGACAAUGAACCACCCGAUUACAAGAGUCUCAUUCCUCUGGAACGAGCAGUCAUUAAUGGUCAGUUUUAUGAGGAGAGUGAGGACCAGGAAGAGGACCCUAAUGAGGAGGAAUCCAUGCUGUCCUUCAAAUGCAACACAUCUACUCCCUGUCCUGUUAACAGGAAGCUAUGGAUUCCUUGGAUGAAAUCCAAGGAGGGCCAUCCUCAGAAUGGAAAAAUACAAACUAAACCCAAUGGCAACUUUGUGCAACCUGGAGAUCUGGUCCUAAGCCACACACCUGGGCAGCCACUUCAUAUAAAAGUUACUCCAGACCAUGUCCAGAACACAGCUACUCUUGAAAUCACAAGUCCAACCACAGAGAGUCCACACUCUUACACAAGCACUGCAGUGAUACCAAACUGUGGCACCCCAAAGCAAAGGAUAACCAUCCUCCAAAACGCCUCCAUAACACCGAUGAAACCCAAAACCUCUGCCGAAGGCCUCUUGAAUUUAGAGCAAGGCAUGUCCCCAAUUACCAUGGCGGCCUUUGCCAGAGCACAGACCCCAGAGUCUUGUGGUUCUAUAACUCCAGAAAGGACAAUGUCACCUAUUCAGGUUUUGGCUGUGACUGGUUCAGCUAGCUCUCCUGAGCAGGGACGCUCCCCAGAGCCAAUAGAAAUCAGUGCCAAGCAUGCGAUUUUCAGAGUCUCCCCAGACCGGCAGUCAUCAUGGCAGUUUCAACGUUCAAACAGUAAUAGUUCAAGUGUGAUAACUACUGAGGAUAAUAAAAUCCACAUUCACUUAGGAAGUCCUUACAUGCAAGCUGUAGCCAGCCCCAUGAGACCUGCCAGCCCUUCAACACCACCGCAGGAUAACCGAACUCAAGGCUUAAUUAAUGGGGCACUAAACAAAACAACCAAUAAAGUCACCAGCAGUAUUACAAUCACACCAACAGCCACACCUCUUCCUCGACAAUCACAAAUUACAAUCAAGGACGUAUGCAAGCAAAGAAUUCCAACACGGAUCCCUAAACCAAAAUCCACAAGCAUGACUAAGCUUUCCCUUAAAACUUCCCCAGGGCCUAUGGACAAGCCUAUUCACCACACUGGCUAUGAGAAGCUACACAUCGUAAGGACUGUCACUUCCAACACUUUCCUCCACAUGGGAGGGAAAAGGUAAGUCACGCCAAUGCAC